CCGACCUUCGCCUCAGCCACCGCUGACUUACUUCCUUGCUGCAGUCAUGGCCGACCUCACUCUCGAUACGCUCAUCGACGAUGGCAACUACCUCGGCUCAGAACGCGCGAGGCUUGAGAACAAGAUUUUGCUUGAUGAGCUCGAACGCAAGAAGAAGGCGCGCAGCCUCGCCGUGCCUACCGACGAUGCUAAAGUGAAAGCAAGACUGCGUGAGAUUGGAGAGCCCAUCACGCUCUUCGGUGAACGUGCUGCCGACCGACGAGACCGUCUCAUCUACGUCCUGUCACAAAUCAAUGCCGCAAGAGGAGAAGAUGCUAUGCAGGUCGACGAAGAGGAGAGUUCCGAGGAGAGUGAGGAAGAAGUGGAGGAAUUCUACACGCCAGGCUCUCUGGAGCUUCUCGAGGCGCGUAGGCGAAUAGCGGAGUACUCUCUGCCCAGAGCUCAAAAAAGAGUGGCGCAGCAGCGGUUAGACAGCAAGAUCCCCUUGGGGCGUAUCAUUGACAUCCGCAAGAAGAUAUUUGCGGAAGUUCGGCGAUUUGCGGAGCUGGGUUCCCAGAUUGGUGAUGAUCGGCCCAUCUCACAAGUAAGAUUCUCCCCCAAUAGCCAGAUCCUGGCAACGGGUAGCUGGUCCGGCAAUGUCAAGCUGUGGAAUAUCCCAAACUGUACACCAAUACGAACACUGCGAGGCCACACCGACAGAGUCGGAGGAGUUGCUUGGCACCCACAGGCUACGCUGGCUCAAAGCGAAGAUGCCGUCAAUCUGGUCAGUGGUGCCGGCGAUAUGAGUGUGAAUCUCUGGUCUUUUAACAGUGAGACACCGCUGUCAGUCAUGAAAGGACACGCGGACCGUAUAUGUAGGGUAGCUUUCCAUCCGAGUGGUGACUACGUUGCCAGUGCCAGUUUCGAUACGUCGUGGAGGUUGUGGGAUGUCGCGACGUCCAAAGAGCUCCUUCUGCAAGAAGGUCACUCAAAGGAGGUCUACUCAGUGGAGUUCCAAGAGGACGGUGCUCUUGUUGCGUCAGGAGGACUGGACGCCAUCGGCCGAGUAUGGGACCUACGAACAGGUCGAACGGCAAUGGUAUUGGACGGGCACGUCCAGGGGAUCUUUUCUAUUGCUUUCUCUCCCAAUGGUUAUCAAAUCGCCACUGGUUCCGGCGAUGAUACUAUUCGAAUAUGGGACAUGCGGUCAUUGAAGGCGCUAUACACCAUCCCAGGUCACCUCUCUAAUGUCGCAGACGUGCGUUUCUACCGAGGCACGGACUUGCCGUACGCCCCCUUCUCGCCGACACCGGACGUUGAAAUGAAUGGGAUGGAUGAGACACUGGACACGGAUGACAAAACAGGCGCUCAGGAGGCAGAAGAACGCAAAUACCGUUCCGGCCUGUACAUGGCCAGCGCGGGCUACGAUGGCCUGGUCAAGAUCUGGAGUGCGGAUGACUGGCAGCUGUUGCGAACGCUCCCCACGGAUGGUGGCAAGGUGAUGUCGGUGGACUUGUCGAAUGACGGGAAGUAUCUUGCGUCAGGGACAUACACCCGCAACUUCCAGAUGUUCGCUCCAGAUGAGAGUGUUGCUGUGUAGAUUUAGCGUGAAACGAGCUGAAACGAGACGGUCAAAUUGCGGUCGGUACCCGCGCUGCCCGUCCUACGCUCAGUUUCCUGCAUUGGCUGAAUGGAUCUAACUGUUGUACGGCCGUCGUCACGUCGUGUCAGCACAUUGGAGGCUCCCGAGACUAGUGUGGUCCGCACGGGUCGAUUGUUUGUGUGAGCGGCGGUCUG